UAAAAAAUUCUGGCUGUGGAUUAAUUUAGAAAAAAGAAAAAGAAAAAUGGUGGUUCAUUCGAACACCUCGGAACUCACGAGCUCACAAAAAUGGCUUCUCCGUUGUCUUCUUCACGGUGUUCCCUCUUCUUCACUGCAAACCCUAAAUUCCCACUCUUCUCUCCUCUUCCCACCAUUUCUUUUCCAUCAUUUCUCUCCUUCAACCUCUCUCAUAAACAAUCUGGCGCUCUCAGAUUCCCCUCCCUUCGCCUGAGUUCUUCUCUCUCCGACGACGCAUCUACCACCAACGAAGAUGCCGAAGAUUCUCGUCCGAAGAUCACCGAUGAGUGGGGCGAAGAAGCCGAACCCGAUCCUGACUCUUCGUUGACGAGAUUCCCGGAGUUCGAUCCGCCGAAGGAAGAUGACGAGUGGGGCGGCGAUGUAGGUAAUGGUAAAGCUGCUGUAGUUGAGGAUAAGAGUGAGGAGUAUGUGGAUGAUAAGCUUUUUGAACUUAAGAGAUGUUUGGUUGAUACGGUUUACGGGACUGAGUUUGGAUUUAGGGCUGGGUUGGAGGAAAGGGCUGAGGUUUUGGAGAUUGUGAACCAGUUGGAGGCGGCGAAUCCAACUCCGGCGCCGGUUGAGGCCUCUGGACUUCUAGAUGGUAACUGGAUUCUACUGUAUACUGCAUUUUCCGAGCUGCUGCCACUUUUAGCAUUAGGAUCAUUGCCAUUGGUGAAAGUGGAGAAGAUUACUCAAAAAAUUGACUCAAAUACGCUAACCAUUGUGAACUCCACCACUUUGUCCAGUCCAUUUACCACAUUUUCUUUCAGUGCAUCUGCCGCUUUUGAAGUUCGGACUCCUUCAAGGAUACAGGUUCAAUUCAAAGAAGGUAUUCUGCAACCUCCUGAGAUAAAGUCAAGGCUUGAUCUUCCAGAAAAUAUAGACAUAUUUGGACAGAAAGUUAAUUUAUCUCCUGUCCAACAAACUCUUGAUCCAAUACAGCAAACAAUAGCAAGUCUAUUCCAGGUCAUUUCCGGUCAGCCUCCCCUCAAGAUACCGAUUCCAGGCGAUCGUAACAGGUCUUGGCUACUUAUUACAUACCUCGAUAAAGAUCUUCGAAUCUCAAGGGGUGAUGGUGGUCUUUUUGUUCUUGUUAAAGAAGGGAGUGCUCUAUUAGAUCAGUGAAAAUCAGGUACUUUCUGUAGUCGAGUCUGGCAUGUAAUUGCUUAAUUUUUGAAUAUCACGUCAUGAAAUACUACUUUCUAAAUGAGCAUGAUACAUAAGAUAUAUUGACCAUGCACCAUGCAUCUACCAUAGUAGUCUUGUACCUUCUAAUUUGUGAAGGGGGAUAAAAAAGGAGAAGCAUAAAUCGAAAAUUCUGAAUAAAUGUGCGAGCAUGAUCUAUA